AUACUUAAUUGAAGUCGACUCCCGUCGAAUCUUUUGUGCACCCCUGCAUCCACCUACAGGCUUUCCUAAACCCCGUCUUCGAUCCUCUCUUCACUUCCCGACUCACCGUGCCUUGAUCUAACCGGCGACGGAAUUUCCGAUAAUUCUGUGACCUUCAACUAUGAGCAAUGGUCUGAACUAAAGAUGAAGAAAUGUGCAGAAUGUUGUAAACAUAUUUUUGGGUCAUUCUACCUUACGUUUUCGACUUUCCCAAAUUCGCUAGGUUCUGCUUCAACUAGAUCCGUUCCUUAAUGAACUGACGAGCAUGUUCGAGCGAAGCACUGAGAAGGGCUCUGUUUGGGUUACUCUUAAACGAUGUGUGUGUCAUUGUUCUCUUCUUCAUGGACUCAUAUUUUAAGUUUAUCUAUUUGGGAAUUUAUUGUUGUUUUGCCGUUUGUUGUGGCUUUAGCCUCCUUAAAGUCUAAAGUGCAGAGGAAUAAAUUGGCUUCUGCUGGUGAAACAAUUGAGUAUAGAUGUCUCAUUCGCGCUACUGAUGGGAAAAAGACGAUUUCUACUUCAGUUGGACAAAAAGAUCACCUGCGCUUUCAAUCUUCCUAUGCAACUAUACUGAAGGCCCACAUGACUGCUCUGAAGAAGAGAGAAAGGAAGGACAAGAAGAAGUCUGCAGAAACUGAUAAAAGACAAGGCAGUUCAAAGAAAGCCAAGAAGGCUUGAAUCUGCAGACUUAUCCUUUUGCUCGGAGUUUCAGUCCAAACCCACAAGAAGACUAUUGUGUUUUCAGUGCCAGGCCUUUGAUUUUUCUUUCCUUCUUUGGAAGUGAAAACGAAAAGCUAGAAGAAUUCUUGCAAUUUUGAUCAAUUUGAGGAUAAGGUAUACAACUAAUCACAUUUAAUACCAUUUUAAGCAAAAGUAGUUGCUGAAGUCGCUUUGUGUGGAGUUUUCAUGCAUAACAAAAACAGAUAUUUACUGGUGCAUUAUACACACCCGCAUGAAAAAACUAGGAGCUAAGUCUAUAUGGAUGCUUUCGUCAUAAGCAGUACUUCUUAGAGAGACUAAAGAGAAUAGUUCAAUACCUUAAUCUGCAUCCAAAAACGCAUAAGCUUGGUUUGGAUGGUGAAAAAAGUGGGAAGAAAAUAUGAAGAAGAGAAAACUAGGUGUGAUUUUGUUAUUUUUAUGUUAGAGUUUUCCCUUUUAAUUUUCUUUUCUCCUUUUUUUCUCUCCAUUCAAAUUAAGGUUUAAGUUUAAAUAAUUGUCUUUUUCUGUC